UGAUGCGAGCCAGGGAUGGGCUGACGCCGGCCUUGGCCCUCGACCACGUCAUCCUCUUGAUCGUCAAGCGUUUGUUCUUCCCGCGGGACGUCGUCGCGUUCUUGAGCGCCUUGCCAUCGCUCGAUGCGCCGCUGGCGGCGCUCCUUGGACUCUUGACGUCGUCCUCGCCGUUCAAGAAGCACUGGCCCAUGCCCACCUUCGAAAAGGUGGGCCCACAACACAUGCACCUCGCCGUCGCCGCACUGCCAGCGAUCACAUGCCUCCAAAUUCGCAGCCUCUGGACCUUGAAGCGCGCACUCGGUGGUCGAUACGCCACCGUCGGCGCGUUCGCUGCUGCCUGGCCGCAUGCGAUUGUAUCGAUAAAGGAAAAUGUCGAUCGCGGUAACCUUGCUCUCUUUCGCAGCCUCUUCCAGCACUGCUCGCAGCUUGGCGACGUAAGCAUUGAUGCGACAUUACUUGCUGAGGUGCUUCCAUCGCUGCCGUCGAGCAUCUGCCACAUCUCGAUCUAUCACGACAACGCCGACGACGACAACAAUGGCGUCGCGUGGCGACUCGCGGUGCCCUUGCAAGAGUGGCUCUCGACAGGCCGAAAGAAGAAGCGCGUGACCAUCCGCUGUGCGCUGGCGCCGGACGAUGCCGCUGCGGUCGCCAACGUCCUUGCGACCGCGUCGUCGCUUACUGGGCUCGACAUGCAGUCGUCCGAGCUCGUGGACGCACUUGUGACCAGCGACUUGUCGCUACCACAUCUCACGCGCUUCACCAUCUCGCAUUCGUCAGUCAACAUGGCGAUGCAACUGAUAACGCGUCUCGACCUUGCCACGCUCACGCGUCUCGAUGUGCAGACCAUGGUCGACGACCUCGGCGUGGUGCUACCCCUGCUCUCAACAAUGCCGCGUCUCCAAGAGCUACGAUUGAGCUAUGGUCGGCUGCGGAAGACUCCGUUGGCGCUGGCCAACGCCACGCCACUCCUGCGCGAGCUGACGCUACACGGUGUUGUGGUUGCCUCGGACGACGCGCUGAACGAGCUCUUCCAGUGGACCUGUGGGCUGCAGCAGCUGCGAUCGGUCUCGUGCGAUGGCAUGCGAUUCCAUGAAGGCAACUUGCCGAUCCUGCAGUCGGCGCUGAACCACUGGAUCAACGUGUCUGGCGUCACCGACGUUUGCUUGAGCGACUGCAAGCUGGGCAGAGAAGGCGUGACUAUGGUGGCGGCGGUCCUUCAAGCCUCACCGAGAUCGUCGACUCUGGAGCGUCUCGACCUCAGGUCCAACGUCGUCGACCUCUGCAGCGUGCGGGCUCUCGUUUCUGGAGUUGCCCACCUUUUGGAUACAACCGUCCUUCUCGGCCGGCUCGCCGAGACGCACGACACGUCUGUCAUCGAAUCGGCAUGUGGCGUUCACGUCGUGCACCAGCAUGGUAGUGGCUACACUCUCUAUUCCCCGCGAUCUUGACACU